AUGGCUGCAGAGGAGAUAAACAUCCAGAAUAAGCAGAAGAGGCAACAGCUCUUCGCAGAGUUGAAGGACCAGAAGAACAAAGAACGUCACUCGAUGAGAAGGACUAGAGCCAAAGAGGAACGUGCCAACCCUGAAUUGAAGGAGAAGAGACUCAAGGAGAAUGUCACCAAGACCAUUGACAACAUGCGUGUUUACGACGAGACCAUCCAGAAGGAGGUGGAAGGUGAUGAGGACGAUCUGAUGCGUUUUUUCAAUGAUCGUAAUGGAGAACCACCCAAGAUCUUCCUGACCACCAAUGUCAACGCUAGAAAAUGUGCCUAUGAGUUUGCUAACGUGCUCAUUGAGGUGUUGCCCAACGUCACCUUCGUGAAGAGGAAGUUUGGUUACACGUUGAAGGAGAUCGCGGAUAUAUGUAAUAAGAGGAACUUUACAGAUGUGGUCAUUAUAAAUGAGGAUAAGAAGAAAGUCACCGGGCUCACGUUUAUUCAUUUGCCCGAGGGACCCUCGUUCUACUUCAAAUUGAGUUCCUAUGUGGAGGUGAAGAAGAUCGUGGGUCAUGGGAGACCCACUAGUCACGUCCCAGAACUGAUAUUAAACAACUUCCAGACAAGAUUGGGGAAGACCGUGGGUAGGUUGUUCCAGUCUAUUUUCCCACAGAACCCUGAGUUUGAAGGGAGACAGGUGAUAACAUUGCAUAACCAAAGAGACUACAUCUUCUUUAGAAGACAUCGUUAUGUGUUUAGGAAUGAGGAGAAGGUGGGAUUGCAGGAACUGGGGCCUCAAUUCACACUCAAAUUGAAGAGAUUGCAAAGAGGUAUAAAAGAGGAAACCGAGUGGGAACACAGACCGGAGAUGGACAAGGAGAAGAAGAAGUUCUACCUUUGA